AUGGCGCGUGGAAAAGACAAGAAAAAACGUAAGCUAGAAAAGAAGCAAGAAGGUGAUGAUGUACCAAAAAAGAUACCUCAUACCUUGGAGUCCCUUAGAGAGAAAGAUGAAACUAUGUUGGUUAAUGCUGAAGCUGAGGAGCAAGAGGAGGCUCAAAAAGACAUGGAAUUAGAUGAAAUGUCUUCAUAUUUUGAAAAUUCCUAUGAGCCUAAAGUUUUAAUUACUUAUUCUGACAAUCCACACACAAAAACUAGAAUAUUUGGAAAGGAACUCUCAAGAAUGAUACCUAAUGCACUAUCAAGGUAUAGACAAAGAUCAUCAGUUAAAAGAAUAGUACAAUCAGCAAUUAGGGAGAAUAUGACAGAUGUGAUAAUAGUUAAUGAAAAUCAGAAACAACCCAAUGGAUUUCUUUUAAUACAUCUACCAAAUGGACCAACGGCACAUUUUAGACUAUCUAGUUGUAAAAUAACAAAAGAACUUAGAAAGGAUCAUAAAGAAAUCACUUCUCAUAGACCUGAGGUUAUUCUGAAUAACUUCAGCACACGCCUAGGUAUGACAGUGGGACGUAUGCUCGGCGCUCUGUUCCACUACGAACCGCAGUUCAAAGGCCGUCGCGUCGUUACUUUCCACAAUCAGCGAGAUUAUAUAUUUUUUAGACACCACAGAUACGAAUUUACAACAGACGGCAAACGUGCAAAAUUAAGGGAAUUAGGACCACGGUUCACUCUGAAACUUAUAUCUUUGCAACAAGGAACAUUCGACUCGAAGACCGGCGAAUAUGAGUGGAUCAUUGCCGGGCGCAGACACCAAAUGGAGACAUCAAGGCGACGAUUCUUCUUA